GGAAUGACGGAAUAGAGCUAAGGCUUCUGGUGGCAUGCAGUCUUCAGAAUCACCUAAAAUGAGUCGCUUUUUUAUGUGUGUGUGUGUUAAAGAGAGAGAGAGAGAGAGAAAAAGAGAGAGAGAGAGAGAGAGAGACGAAGAGAGAUCGAUUGAAGUGAUAGCACAUAAAAAGCGGCCGAGUUAGCAAGCUUGACCCGACACCCGCUAAUCCAAGAAACACCAGUAUCUAUCUCACCGCCUUGGAGAGUGUACGCUUUCUGUCUGGAACUCUGGCUAGACAGGGGAGUUCAUUUAACCCAAUGAACUGGCACACAAAGAGAGGUAAACAAAAUUUGCAUAUUUAAGGCAAACAUAGCUCAUUCAAAGUAGACUAGCUCUAUUAAGCUACUCCACUGUGUAGACACUGGAACUAUGACAAUUCUGUGGCAACUUAUCUUGAUGGUUAAAGAUACAGCAUAGAGCCAUCCUCAAAGUUACCUGGGAAAUGCCGAACCACAGUACAUAUGUUUCUAAUGUCAGCUUAGAUAUUGGGGGCGGCAUUGUGGAAAACAUCACUAGGAUUACCACGGCGCCCGACUACAGCAACGAGUUGCCUAACUUCGCGGACAUUGCUGACGUCCCUUACAACGAGGUCAUGCAGCUGCAGAAGUUUGUGGUGCCAGUCUUGUGCCUGCUGGGAUUCUUCGGAAACCUGACCUCGGUCACUAUUUUUAUGGGUCAGACGCUCAAAAAGAAAUCGUGCAUCAUGUAUUUGACCACCAAGUGCCUCACUGACACCCUCUUCCUGGCCGCCCUACUGGUCGUCUGGCUGGGCGAUAUUAAGGUGUACUGGUUUCACCGCCACGGCGUCUGCCAGAUGAUCGUGUUCAUCACCUACGUCUGCGGCUUUCUGUCUGUUUGGCUGGUCGUCAUGGUUACGGUGGAGAACUACAUCCGGAUAUGCCACCCUCACAGAGUUCACGACUUUUGCACCACGGGGAAAGCCCAGGUCGUCCUGCUCUGCCUUGGGAUCCUCGCCAUCUUCUGCUACAACUUCCCCCUCUGGACGACUCACAUUGUGAUCAUGGCGAACAACACGAGCCGCUGCUCUCUCGUUCCAAAAUUCGCACACUUUAACGAAGGUCUGACCUACUUUGAUACCAUCGUGACGCUAGUGGCGCCAUCUUUACUUGUUCUUCUGUUCAUGGUGUGUAUAUUCAGCUCAUUGCUAGCAGCCUACAGGAGGAACAGACGCAUGAGAAAACUUGGUCGACAACGCCACAUACAUUUCUUCUGCUUGUCUCCCUACGGACGCGUCACCGCCAUGCUGCUGGCAGUGUCCUUGACCUUCAUUACCCUCCACACCCCGAGCCACGCCAUCCGUCUGCGCCUUAUCUUCGGGGAGAUCCUUCUGCAGCACCCGGAGCAGUUCCUGCCCGCCUUGCGUCUGCAGCGGCUCUUCGAGCUGCUCUACUACACCAACUUCGCCACCAACUGCGUCAUCUACCUGAUCUUUGGAAAGACGUUCCGGGACCUCUACAGGCGGUUCCACUGCUUCUGCUGCUACAAGGGCAAGCUGAUCGACAUGGACCGCGACUCAGAGUUCCUGCAGUACAUAUGCGACUCUGCGCAGAGGGAGGAGGCUCUUUGCGGGACCACAGAAGUGGAGAAAAUCAGCGUGGAGGCGAUCAUGCUGACAGCCAGCGAAGUUCACUGACAUGGCUUUAAUACCUUGAAAUCUAGAAGACAUGCCUGCUCAAAAGUUAUGACAGUGUCCACGUCUGAUUAAAGAUCACGUGAUUCUACGCCAUAGUUGUAUUUAAUACAUUUGCUUGAAGCCACAAAGAAAGUCUAAAAUAUCUCGGUAAUGGAUAUAGAACUAUUUAACGAAAGACAUGUUGACCUGUUUUUAAACAUAUAUUUGUUAUAUAUUAUGAUUACAACAAUGUUCGAUAGUCCAAAACAAUGACCUAAACAUGCUAAAGAUCUCCUCUUCAACAACAACUUUUCUAUCAUCUGCGUCAGUUAGAUGAUUUUACAUGCGGUUCCGUUGCUCCUGCUUCUGCUAAGACAAGCUGGACCGCAACUUUCCUGCACUACGUUUGCGACUCUGCGCAGGGGGGGGGGGAAUGGAAGUUGUUGAGUCAGCAUUUGAGAACAUCAUGUUAACUGCCAGCGAAACUCAAUGCCAUGAUUCUAACCUGUUUAAAUCUUGAAGACAUUCAUAAUUUCCUACACAUAUUCAAGCCCCAUAUAGCAGUAUACGAUCGUGAUUUAAAAAGUCACGUGAUUCUGUCAUUGCUGCAUUCGUUCUGCUUGCUUGAAAGAGGGGGGAAAAUAAGCCAAAUCAAUAUUUAAUCUUUUGGUAAUGGUUUUACACCUUAUAGCCAAACGAAAUAUUUAUAUAUAUUGCCUAAUUUGAUAACUGCCAUGGGUAUAGAAAAGAUCUACCUAAUCUAAGUUUGUAAUAACUACCUUUUACAAGAUCUACUUUUCAAGCAUUGAUCUGUGUAGUACAUUUACUGAGAAUGUAUAUUUGACAUUGACGUGAGCGGAGUUAAAAUGUAUUUAGACGCUCCUUUCAUCAGCUCGCCUUCCAGUUCUUGGAAAUUGUUCGUAUAUCAAAACAGAAUACCUCGUGAAGUUAUAACUACGUGUACACACUUCCGGUGGCUUCCAUUCAGGAUGUAACCACCCAGCCGGCCUUUAAGGAUCUAUAUCUUCACAGUUCAAAUAAACUAGACAAGACUAGAUUGAAACAGGUCUGCUUUCUGAAAAGAACAACAAAAAAAUGAUAACAUUGAUACUGUAGGGGUGAUGAGAUUUAACAAAGCCCUAAGGCCUAAGGUAACCUUUAUACAAGAACAUUGUGUGGUCAGGCUAAGGUGUAACAAGGUUUACUUUGAUAUUGUUACGUAUUUCUGAAUCUUCUAGCUAAAUGUACUAGUUGGCACACAAAUAAAAAUACUGCAAAGAACUUGACGACUAAACUUUCAGCUUCAUAUAACUUUAAUGACUAUUAACUCUAACAAUUCGUCACUGUAACAUGUAGCGUAGAAGACUGUACAAUAUCUGUCAGUUUACACUUAGCUAUACUUCGUUGCUAUUCAUCUCUUUACUUCGUUGCAAUUCAUCUCUUCUCAACUUGCAUCGAGCCGUAUUCCACAGAACAGACCAACGACACACUUCCCUGUGUCGCUCCAGGUCUCCCAAAGCUGAACCAAGUCGUACUCAAGUCUACCGAAUCAGAGCCGUACACGUCUUACAUCGACUGUAACGGCUCAAGUCCACUGUAGUUCGCUGUAUAGACUUUAACGACAGUAGUCCACUCCAGUUAACUCUACCCUAGUUAACUUGCAUCGAGUCGUACACAUCUCUCUUAUUUACUGUCUCGCACAGUAGACUACAGUACCGACGACUCAUUCACGACUGACUUUCACAUUAACUCUCUGGCUUAUAUAGAGUCCCUUAUCGCUUGUCCAAAGUUGCACAAACACGGCUAGUAUCCUCUGGAAUAACACGUGAGGAAACGUCACAUCCUGGCUUUGUUUAUACAUGUAGAUUCCAGAAAACAUCGGCUGCAGUGUCAUCUUGCCGGGGUCACAAGUUGUGACCUCUAUCUGUCACUGGACAUUGCUAGUACCUUCUGGAAUAACACGUAAGGACACGUCACAUCCUGUCUUUGUUGAUACAUGUACAUUCCAGAGAACACCCGCUGCUGUGUUAUCUCGCCGGGGGUCAUACGUUGACCUCUACCUAUCACUGUCAUUUGUAACAAUAUUAUAUCAAUGUUGCAGAGACCAAAGGGCUUGUAAUUGGUUCGACUUGUAUAUUAUUUUCAAAGAGAUGAUAACAUACAAAUGAAUUUAGUAAGUCGAUUUAUGGACACAUUAAGUUUAUUACACAAUACAGAAUAAUAUAUAUGUAUAUAGGCAUUGUCUUUGAUUCGGAAGAUUAAGAAUAAGUGAAGUAAUUCACAUGACCACGCCAACCGAGUAGUGACCUACAUAUUUUGCAGCCCGUAAAGUAGACAAAGCCGUUAUUUGCGGAGGAUCUACUUAACUUGUUAUUUCAUCAUCUGCCCUUUUCUUCGCCAAGGCUCCUUCUAUGAGUCUCAAAUGUGUGUGUCCCUCGACCUUCCUGAGAGAUCUCCCUCUGAGGCCAUCCGCUAUCCCCUGCCUUCCUCUAUGCCAGUGAGAGCCAACUGGUGCCUGAUUUCAUCCUGAUAGUGCUUGCGUGGUGCAUCUCUGUUACGCCGUCCUGUGAUGUAGUUCCGUAGUUCCAGUAGAAUUAACAUCAACAUCCAAUAUUAAAUAUCUGUCAGAAAAGCUCAAUAGUAAUUCUCAAACUCGUCUUUCUAACCUCUCAACACAAAAGUAACUGUCCAAAAACUUCAUAAUGGCAUAACCAGAUUUGUUCAGUCUUUAAAAAAUUCGACUUUGAACUCUUUCUCUCCGUAAUUAUUUUUCCACGUUUCGAAGGAAUUCUUCAUUUGGCUCAAUACUAUUUCACUCCCCUGUUAUGAUUAAGCUUCAAUAGCUUUGUCGUUUGUUAUCAGAAAAUGUUGUAUUUGGUAUAGGAUUAAAGGGAAAUGCAUGCUCUUUUUAUGUAAUACAAAGUCAAGUUUUUAAAAUUAAGAAUUAAUUUAAUUUAAUGAGGUCAAAUCAACGAUGGUAUCGUCGAUUAGGAGAGAAAGAGUUAAGUACUGUUCACACACUUUCAUCCGCUUUGUGUACAUUAAAUUUUAAAUUUAAAUAUGUUUACCUUGACCCCAAUGCCUAAAGGCAUGGUUACAGUGCUGGGUGUAUUUGGGGUCUACACCAUGGGGAGAACAUUUAUGAAAGACCAGGGAGAAGCAAAGGAAAAACAAAUGGCGCCUUAUUUCCUCACCUCACAAACUAUGACAUAAAGAAAAAAAAAGACUGGUAACUACACUAAUCACUAUGCCUUUAUUUACGUUGGCGCCUUUUUCCUUAGAGAAAGGAAUGAUCGCGACCCCUUUUGCAUUAGGUGACCUUCACCUAUCCAUUAGUCUGCUGAACCGUUGGGGCACCACACAUAAUCUGUCUACCGUCUUGUUCCAUUCCUCUCUCCUCUCUGUCUUUAGCCUUGGAUUGAAAUCUCUUUCAAUGACAGGCCUAUGCUGUCUUCCCAUCGAUUACUCUGUAUAAAUCUUGUUUUCCUGGCAUUGUUCCAUUUAAACAGAGCUCUUCAUGAAAACAUUCAAUGGUAUUAAAUUAAUAGACAAAAGGAUUAGCCGUUCAGAAUGAAAGACAAUAUCUUCUAUAUAACACUUCUAAGGCCGCGACGUAAAAUUAUUAUACAUUGGCCAAAUCCAAAAUAAUAUUUUGUUGGAAUAUAAAAAAUGUCUAAUACAGUAUAUUAUUUGUUAUAUAUUAGAUAACAAAACAUUUGUUACACUGUAAUAAACCAUGAUUCUGUUUUAUUUCAAUGUAG